AUGUCUGCGCAGACCCCUCAAAACCCUUUCCGCAUGGCCGUCCUCCUCGAGGGCGUCCAACUGUCCGACAUCAUGGGCAUCGACAUAAUCGGCAACCUGUCGCGCAAGUACGUCCGCGCGGUGCGAGAAUUCAGCCCCGCCAUGGCCGACUAUGAAGGAUCCGCAAUCGACCUGGAGAUCUUUUACCUCGCCGAGACCCUGACGCCGACCGAGGUCACGCCCUCGUUCCGGUACAUGCCCAACAUGACGUACGAAGAGUGCCCGCGCGAUCUGGACCUGGUGCUGAUGGGCGGCAACGGGUUCCGGUCGCAGACCGAGGCCUCCAAGAAGUUUAUCCGCGAGGCCUGGCCCAGGACGCGCGUCUGGAUGACCACCUGCGUCGGCACGCUCUGGCUCGCCUCGGCCGUCGACCUGGCCGGGCUCAAGGUCACCACCAACAGGGCCGCCAUCGAGAUCGGCAAGCAGAUGUACCCUGCGGCGGACUGGCAGGACAAGCGGUGGGUGGUGGAGGAAAAGGUCUACGAAGGCCAAGGCAAGGGGGAGUUGUGGACUGGAGGUGGUGCAGGUGCAGGCCUCGACAUGGUCACCCAGUGGUGCUUCCAGAACUUCAACAAGGACUUUGUCAACGCCCUAUCCACGUACCCCCUUGAGCUCCAGCCAGGCCGCAGCUUUGAUCAGGAGUACAAUUACGACCUCAAGGAGGUUGGAGGGCCUUGGGUACCCACACAGCAGUCUUGA